ACAACAGGCCAGUGGCAUACUGGUAUUCAUUAGGUAUCUGACUUACUAAAUUUAACAGGACAUCCUACACUAUGCUAUUGCUACCACAAAUAAAUUCAAUUUUGUGAUGCUACUAAAUAGUAAGUAAAUCAAAUACUUUUAUACACAACUUAAGAGGACGUGAUACCCGCAUGUGUUGUCUCCGUCUUACAAGUGCGUAACAUAGCAAAUUUUACGCUCAGAAAAACACGUGUAGCUCCGUUAAUUUAAAAAUUAGAGUGAAUUGGCCUCUUAUAAAAUCUAAAGGUAAGAUUAUUAUCUAGGCAACCUCGUAGGCUUUUUAGUAUAUUUUAAUUUUAAAGCGAGUUAUGAGUAUUAUAAGAUGUAUAAAAAAUUUACGAUUUUAAAAUACUCAUAACUCGCGUUAAUAUACUGACCGGUUGUAAUUAAUAAAACUUAGAAGAUGGUCAUUGCCCAUUGCACAUUAAUUACAUGUAAUAUAAAUUAGUACACAAGAAUAAUUAAUUCAUUAAAUGAAACUAUCCAUGCAGUGGCGGAAUUAUGGGGGGGGGGGGAUAUAUCUCCCCAGAGGCUUUUUUUCUAGAAUAACCAUAAUUAAAUUCCCGUAAGCACUUGGCUUUAAACGAUUUUAAGUAAUUAUAAAACUACGAUAGCUCAACAAUUACAAUACCUAUAUGACAAGACAAUUGUUCCUACAGCUCACGGACUAAGAUAAAAUGGACUGGAGACGACAUGGUCUGUGGGAGUUGGGGGACGGCCACGAAAAGGUGUGCUUUGCCUUUUGUAUAUACAUUCGUAGCCGUGAUAAGCUGCUUGAAUGGACUUACGAUGUUAACAGUGCAUCGGGACAUUAAGUUAAACCCCUAUGACGUACUGGAUAUUUUGGCGAAAAAAACAAAAAGGAAAAUUGACUUGAUAUCAUAACUUAUUAAAAAUACAUUUAAUCUUAUUUAGCACUUACUAAUGGAGGAAGACGUCCUAUACUUUGGUUAUGCAUAAUUUGUCAUGGUUUGGUUGUUGAGAGUAUAUGUUAUAUUAUGCCUGAAAUAGACAAUUUUUGGCAUAGUACUGCACCAGUUAUGUUUUUCAGACAUAGGCUUCCGUUGUACGUCAUAAUCUUAUAUUCAGUAUUUUAUUACAUAGCAAUUGAAAUAGCGUACAGGACAAACAAAACAAAAGUAGGUUUUAUAGUUACUGUAGGAUUAAAUGUAUUUUUGAUUGAUUUACCAUAUGAUAUAAUGGGUAUAAAAUUUGUUCAUUGGACUUGGCAUGAUACAGACCCAAACAUAGAGGACCGAAUGUAUUGGGUACCAUGGACUUCUUAUUAUUUUCAUAUGGUGUUUUCUGCAAGCUUUGUUUUUUGGUUUUUCAUAAAAGGUGUAAAUCUUGACCAAACAUAUACAUCCAGAACGGAGAUCUUAACUUCUCUAAAAGCAAUAUUCCUUAGUACACCCUGCGGAAUAUUAUGUUUUUCUGUACUGUAUCACCCAUUACAUGAUCUGUGUGAUGUCCCAACACAAACAAUAACAGUGUUUUUAAUGUCAUUAUACAUUAUGUUGUCUAUUUUUAAACGCAAACCUAGAAAAAUGUUUCACCGUCCAUCUACUAUGAUUUUGUAUCUUAUUGUGUACUAUGCUACAUUUUUGUGUUUUGCAAUAUGGGGUAAACCGGAAAAUGAAAUUUCAAUUGGACCUCAUGAAGAAAUUGGUCCGUGCAAUAUUACUGUUUCAUCUUUUGGAACAGAAUUAAAAAAACGUAAAUAUUUAUGUAUUGAAGACUAUAAUGAAGAUUUUGAUUUCCAUUGUGUGAAUGAUGUCCCUUCUCAACAUAGCCUAAUGUAUACAAUAUGUGGAACACCUUUUAAGAAUCGGACUGAAUAUAUAAUUUUAUUAAUCACAAUCAUUAUAGUAGCAUUUACACAUUUCAAUGAAUCAUUUAAAAUAAUAAAACAAACUAAAAAAUCUCAUUGAUAAUAUCAAAAGUUUAUUAUUAAGCUAGAGAAAUACGAAAAUAAUAAUAAAAGUACAAAUUUAACUGUUGACAUAUAAAGUAUUCAUCAAAUAUUUUAAAUCUGUUCUAUACCUCAUAUUUAUCUGGUUGAUGUAGUAAUUCUUGAAAUCGUUCUAGUCGAUUAUAAAUUUUUAU